AUGAGUACUAUACCCAAGAACGAGCUUGAAGACUUUGAAGCCUUUUUAGAGCCAUCAUUUGAUGCCCUACAGUUUGCCAAUGGACUUCUUUUGGCAACAAAUGAUAAUGAAAAUGAACUUGAUGUUAUUACCCCAACCAAGAAGUUGAGGUUUGAUAUCGACGAAUGUGAAAAGAGAAUGAGUAAAAUCGCCACCAAUAACUAUGAGCCACUUGUAUCGAAGUUCACGGAAAUCGGAUCUACAAGAGACAUUGCCAAGGACCAGAUUGGACCACAACUUCAACAUUUGAACUUGGCAUUUCAAAGAGUAAAGGAAGGAUUAAUGACUCCAUAUGAAGAUGCUGUCAAACUUAAUAAAUCACUCAAGAAAAUCCAUGCAACUUUGAACUUACUAAGAGGGGCUGGGUUUUUCAUGUAUCUUGCACAGCAAAUUGAAGAUGGGGGAUCAAUCGCUAAUAAGAAAAGUGAUCAUACCAACUCAGACUCAUCAUCUACAUCUAGAGACAUAAUAAGAUUAGCAAAAGUCCAUACACAAUUGAGUAAGCUCUACGAGAGUUCUAACAGAGGUGCCGUCAAUCUUUUAUCUAUUAAGUUAAUAAGAGACUAUCAAAGUAUUUAUAUAUCGAAAAGAGCUGAUUUAAGCAGUCAUUGUGUUCUGAUAAUCUCAAAUGACUUUACUCACACCAGCACUUUCACCAAUACUAACACUCAAUUACACGAUGCCAUUGUUGCAUUAUAUACAUUGGAUGCCAAGGAAUGUCUUGCCACGAUAGAACGUGCCACCAUCAAUAAACAUACCCAAACAAUCUGCAGUCAACUCUCAAAGGCAUUACAAUCGCCUAGAAAUUUCAAUUCAACAUUGGAAGAUGUUUUUGAAUCAUCGGAAAACUUUUUAACCAAAACUGCUCUUGUUUUGGAAGAAGCAAAAGUAUCUGAUAAUAGAUCGUUUUUAGUUGAAUUUUUGAAAUUUUUCGACGCCCAAUCACUUGCAAAACUUUAUUGGUCUAGAUUGAGUUUCAAAUUCAAGAAAAAUGUCGCUGCCACAAUGGCCAGAGGUGGGCCAAUUGCAAAGAACUUAAAAAUUUAUCACGAGGGAAUCAAAAAAUCAGUGACUGAAACAUUUGCUAAAUCAGAAGGAUCUCCUUACAUAAUGGAAGCAAUUGAUAUCAUAGGUGGUUUACAGUAA